GUCUAUAAAAAUGAGAUCGUCGAUAAUUUUCUCAACGAUAGAAAAGCGCUCCUUUUAUGCAUUGAUUUCACUGGAUCUGAAAUCCUUAUUGAGCAAAAGAUAUCUCCUCAAAAAAUGAAAAAUGCCUUGGUAUUCUACAAAACUUCUCCCAGUGCUGUGACCGGUGACAAUAUGAAUGAUCUUUUGAGAAUAUGCUCGCUGCAGAAUCCUCCUUUGAGCAGCUUCUAUAGUAUUUUACAGAACGUUUAUAUUCCAGCAUUGUUUCAAAAUGAACAAGACGCGAAGGAUAUAAAAUUAAGAAUGCUAUUUGAAAAUUUACAAGCUGGCUUGAAAAGUGCUGUUGUAGAAAAUGGGGCAAAAGACACGAAAUCAUCGCUAUCAGGUGUGUUAUCACUGAAAGACGAAUGCGAUUAUUGGGAUUACAUUGUUCACUCGAAACAAGGGCAAGAUAAAUCGCAAGCUAAACGCGUUCUGCAGAUAUUGAGUCCUUUGGAUACCAAGGUUUUUCAAGCAAAUAAAUUAAUCAAUUUGGAAGAUUUGCUAGAAGACGCUUACAAUGCAUUGGAUGAUGUUUGGAAGCUGGAUGAUUGCAUUUUCCCCCAAGAUAGAAUGGAUAAUUUAUUUGAUAUAAUUGGAAACACGGUUUGUCAAAUCAUCCAAGAGAACCUGAAGAAUAAAAACGUAUGGAAAGAAUCAUUCCACGAAAUAAACGAGCUUCUUCUAACAUGCAUUGAGAUAUGUAACAAAUGGACAGACACUUGUGAUCAAUUAACAAAGAUAAUUUGGCCUAAUUAUUCUCUUCAUAAAUGGACUGACGAUCCCCAUUGCCCUAAUUACAUUAAACAUUUUGCAAACCGACUGAAACAAAUUAUCGAGGUAAGAAACGUUCAUCAGAAUAUUUGUCAAAUUCUCAGUAAGAAAGAACAAGACGAGCUCAAUGUUUCGGAAGUUUUCAGCAUAUUCUCAGAUAUCAAUCCAAUUCAAUACAAUCCCUACACAGAUCAUAUGUGGAAAUCAGCUUUGAUAUUUUUCGACGAAAAUCUAAAACCUUUAGAAGAACAUGUUGGUAAUAAAAUAAAAAAUAAAUUAUCCUCCAGUAACGGACACGUAUUUCAGCUCCUGGAAUGUUUCAUUCGUUACCAAAAUUUAAUCCAACGCAAUGAAAUUCGAAACAUGAUUAAAUCAGAACGACAAAAAUUACUGAUACUGUUGCAAGACUACAUUAAUGAAAUAACCUCGUCGGAUCUCUUUUCAAAUGACGCGUUUUCCAAGAAAUUCCCCGUGGAGUACAUUGAUUUACCAGAGUUAGUUUUAAAAAUUAUGUGGAUCAAAGAAACCAUUAAAAAAGUCAAAGACAUGGAAACUGUGGGUCAAAAUGUUUUGCACGAUUUAGCAAAUUAUACCAAAUUGAAAGAAUCUAUGUUAUCGUUUAUCAAGGAAUUGCAAGCCAACGAUUCGAAUGCCUUCAAUGAAUGGUCGUCUCAGACUCGUAAAGCUAUUGAAAAUGCUAAUUUGAGCUUACGUACAGAAGAUCCUGUUGUACAUUUCGAGCAAGGGAAAUUAAUGAAGGUCAACUACAAUCCCAAACUCGUUAAAUUAAUUAAAGAAGUGCACCAGCUACAAUUACUAGGCUAUAAGAUUCCGUCUAAGAUCACAGAAGUUGCUGACAAAGCUAAAUUAUUUAUGCAACGUGCCAAAGCUUUAGAACAGGUUGCCAAUUUCCAUAACACAAUCGGUGAUCGAAUGAUACCUUCUCAGCGUCCGAUGAUGUUGUCAUCAGCGAUGGAUCUGUCGAAAUUAGUCAAGUCUGAAAAUUCCGUCACAUGGUCUGAUAGCUCAGCUGUUGAUCAAUACAUAUCUCGUCUCCAAACCGUAGUCGAACGAUUGGCCACUGAAAACAAUGAAUUAUAUUUUUACCACACUCAGAUAACUCAAAAGGUGUCCAGUUUAGCAGACACUGAUUUAUUACAAGACAAAUAUAAAUGGAGGGAUACACUGCGUGAGAUCCGCAAUACGAUAGCUGAAGUCAAUCGUAAAUAUUCGAAUACAAAAACGUGGCUCAUUCACUGGGAUCAUCAGAUCUACAAAGUUUUACAAUAUCGAUAUCAAGUUGGUCUCUUGAACUUGAAUCAGCAUUUACCAGAGAUUAAAAUCGAACUGGUUUAUAGACAGCAAAGAUUACAAUUCAAUCCCCCUUUGGAAGAAAUAAAAAAAAAAUACUACAGUCAACUCAAACGAUUCAUAACCCUCCCUCUAACUUUUCAAGGAGUUUCUGAAGCCUCCAGUUCCAUAUUUCCAGUCAUGGUCAGCAGGAACGCUGAUCAAUUCCAGCAAGUUUAUGCGAAUGCUGAAAACCUUUUCGAGAAGCUACUCGCCUUGCAAGAUGAAUGGAUCGAUAGAGUAGCUCUUGGAGCUAUAGAUUUGGAAAGCACUGCCAGAGAUUAUAUCACAAAUGCUGACGAAUGGGAUAUGAAUUUCAGAACAUCCAAGGCUUGGGGUCAAGAAAUAGCGAAAAUAGUCAAUUGUGAACAUAGAGUGGAAUGUUUUACUGUUACCACUGCCCCCGUGCGUUCAGAAAUCGAGCUCCAUAAUAACAGAUAUUGGGAUGUGCUCUCUAUAACGCUGUAUUCAUCCAUCAUGAUGGAUGUAAACGCCAUUGAAGAAUUUAUCUCUGAUUCGAAGAAAAAACUCGACUAUCAACCUCAGUCUUUAGAAGAGAUCGGUGAUGCCAGCGAAGCAUAUCGACAAAUUGUUGAAAAAUCAAAGCUUAUGCUUGACAUGAUGGAAGAAAUGGAUAAGAAAAAUAAAGUUCUGUCUUCUUGGACAAAAGAACGAGUUAGUCAAGUAGCAACAGCAAAACAAGCGUGGAAUAACUUUCACACAGUAUUGGAUAACCAACAAUUCCACAUGAAUCGACAGGUUGAAACCAUCAAAUCUAAACUGAUAAAUGAAGCUGAUAACUUGGCCUCUGAGCUGGAAAAAUUUGUUAUACGUUGGAAACGAGUUCGUCCCAAGGAAACAGACCUCAUUGAUGGAAACAAUGAACUAAUCGAAAACAAUUUGCAAGUUUUGAAAGAGAAAAGAGAAGAAUGGAAUAAGCUAUACGAAAAUAUCUCUAAAAUACGACGAGAUUAUGAAAAAUUUGGUAUCCAAGUGCCAGAUUUUUCAGAGUGUACUGAAUUUGAAAAAGAAUUGAAGGAAACGGAAGACAUUUGGGGGCUUUAUGAGCAAUUUACUCAAGGGAUUUCUGAAUUGAGUGCCGAAGAAUGGCUGGUUUUUCGAGGAAAAAGCGUGAACAAGUUUGAAUCAUUCCUCUUGCAAUGGGAAGAAAAACUCAACAAUACCACGAUGACUCCAUUAACGGCAAGACUGGUAUCUGAUUUACAAAACCACAAGAAUUUCAUUUCACAAAUAAAAUACCUACGAGGUGAAGCAUUUAGUGACAAACAUUGGUCAGAACUUUGCACUUUGUUGAAUAUUCCAUCCAAAUCCAUCGAUCAGUUAACAUUCGGAGAUUUUCUCAAAGCACAAGAUUCAGUUAUCAGCAAUCUUGAUGCCAUACAAGAAUUGAACAAUAGAGCUGCCAGUGAAAUAGUUAUCAGGCAGGCAUUGGCUGAAUUGGAUGUAUGGGAAGUGGAAUCCAAGUUUUGUUUCAUGUCUCAUAUUGAUAGUAAAGGAUCUGAUAUAAAUUUAAUCAAGGACUACAAGAAUAUUCUUUCAAAGAUAGGAGAUAACCAAUGCUUACUACAAUCAAUGGCAGGUUCCGCUAAUUAUGAACAAUUUCGAGACCAUACUUCACUUUGGGAAACCAAACUCAUAGAUUUAGAUUACUACUUGAGAAAUUUAAAUGAAGUUCAAAGAAAGUGGUUAUAUCUGGAGCCAAUUUUCAAAAGUGAAACUAUGAAGAUUGAAAAAGCCAGAUUCGAACGCAUUGACAAAGAUUUUCGUUACAUCAUGAAUCUCGUAAAUACAGGAGACCAGCGAGUCAUUAGUUUAUGCAGAAUACCCAAUUUACGUUACACUUUAGAUACAUUAAUUCAGCAACUCAACAUCUGCCAAAAGAGUUUGAAUGAGUACUUGGAAGAAAAAAGACUGAAGUUUCCAAGAUUUUAUUUCCUAAGUGACGAUGACCUAUUGGAAAUAUUGGGCCAGGCUAAUAAGCCGGAAGUGGUACAAUCUCACUUAAAAAAACUGUUUGCUGGAAUCAAUAGCGUAGUUUUUGACAAAAAUAAUAUCAUUGCUGUUAAAUCUCUCGAAGGAGAAACUGUAUCUUUAAAUAAUCCUGUCACCAUUUCGCUUGAUGUUGAGAACUGGUUGAGCGGAUUGAGUGUAGAAAUGCGUGAGACAUUGAAGAAAUCUUUGAUUAAAUGCAUAAAAGGAGCAGAUCCAUUGGUGUACCCUUCUCAGAUUCUAUGCUUGGCUGAAAGCAUCUCUUUUACAUUACGUUGUGAAGAGGCCAUCAAGCAAAGGAAACUGAAGGUGUUAUUGAAAUCUCUUGAGGAUCAACUCGGAGCAUACACGAGGUUAGAUUUGGAAAUGGAAAAUAAUAAAGAGACUUCUGUACUGGAACUGAAGUUGAAAGCAUUAAUAUUUGACACUAUAUAUCACAUCAGUGUAGUCAACGAUCUCAUCAAUGAUGGAGUUGAUGAAGUAGAUGAAUGGGGUUGGCAAAAACGGAUCAGAUUCUAUCUAAAAGAUGGCAACAUUUCCAUUAAAAUGGUUGAUGCAGAAUUCCAAUACUCUUUUGAAUACCAAGGAAAUGCUCCAAAACUAGUACAUACACCGUUAACAGAUCGAUGCUACUUAACCUUGACACAGGCCAUGAGUAUGGGAUUGGGAGGAAAUCCAUAUGGUCCGGCAGGUACAGGAAAAACAGAAUCUGUCAAAGCUCUAGGAAGAUUAUUUGGAAGACAAGUAUUAGUUUUCAACUGCGAUGAGGGUCUCGAUAUUCAAUCAUUAACAAGAAUAUUGAUUGGAUUGGUGAAAUGUGGAGCUUGGGGUUGUUUUGACGAAUUCAAUAGACUCGAAGAAGCCACCCUAUCAGCAGUAUCAACCCAUCUUCACAUUAUUCAAGAAGCUUUAAGAAGUAACCAGAGAAAUAUUGUUUUGAUGAACAGACAGAUCGAACUAAAUCCAGAUACUGGAAUAUUUGUGACAAUGAAUCCAGUCGGCAGAGGAUAUGGUGGUCGACAAAAAUUACCAGAUAACUUGAAGCAACUUUUCAGACCUAUUGCCAUGUCUCAACCAGAUAAUUUAUUAAUUGCUGAGGUCAUCUUAUUCAGCGAAGGCUUCAAAAAGGCCAAACUAAUAGCUAGAAAACUGGUUCAAAUUUUUGAUAUCGCCAAGAAAGUCCUGUCUCAGCAAAAGCAUUAUGAUUGGGGUUUAAGAGCUUUAAAGACUGUUAUUGGAGGCUGUAAAACUGCAUUAAAAGCAAAUAAGGCAUCAACUGAUAUUGAUGAGUUUGCUUUGGUAGUCCAAGCUGUUAGAUUGAACACUUUAUCCAAGAUAACGUUUGCUGAUGCCCAACAAUUCGAUAUGUUAUUGAAAGACACUUUCCAAGGAGUCCAAUUUCAUACUAUGGAUGAUCAGGAUAUCAUUGGAGCACUUGAUGAAAGCUUCAAAGAUCUCAAAUUACAACACAAUCCUCGACAAGUAAGGAAGUGUUUGGAACUUUAUGAACAACUGGAGCAAAGAAUGGGAGUAGUGAUUGUUGGACCAUCUGGAUCGGGGAAAUCCACCAUCAGCAAACUUCUGAAGCAUGCUUUAGUAAAACUUGGACGAACUAUUAAUCAAUACACAGUUAAUCCAAAAGCAAUGCCACGUACUCAGCUUCUAGGCCAGAUUGAUGUGGACACAAGACAGUGGAUUGAUGGUGUAUUGAGUACCGUGGCCCAACGUGUUUAUGUGGAGCCUCUAGAUAUUCAAUCAUGGAUAUUAUUUGAUGGAGACAUAGACCCUGAAUGGAUCGAGUCACUGAAUUCUGUUUUGGAUGACAACAGAUUACUGACUUUGCCAUCAGGAUGGAGGAUACAAUUUGAGUCAAACGUUCAUUUUCUAUUCGAAACUCAUAGUUUGCAACAUGCUUCUCCAGCAACAGUUUCCAGAAUGGGAAUAAUUCUAAUGAGUGAACAAGAUCUGGAUGUCAAGUAUCUAGUGGAAAGUUGGCUUCAGAAGCAAUCUCCUGAACAAACCUAUGAGUUGAGUCCACUAAUAGAAAAAUAUUUUUACAAAAGUCUAGAAUGGAUCAAUACAAAGGGAGAAAAAAUAGCCAACAUGUCCACUGUAUCAUUGGUUCGUUCCUGUUUAUCUUUAAUGACAGGAGUGACGAGCAAGUCACAAUUUUGCGUUUCUCUGAUGCAUGGAUUGGGAUCAGUUUUGACCAUUUUGAGCAAGGAAGCUUUUUUCAAACAAAUUUUAGAAUGGACUGAGGAAUUCAUACCAGACCAGUCAAAAAUAUUGUUCAGUUACUUCAAUAGCACCAGAAAUUGUAUCGAUUGUUACAGCAGCGACAACACAAUAGAGAUAUCAGGAAUUGUAAAAACUGCUCAAUUCAAAUCAUGCAGUGACACACUAAAGACAUGGAUGACGAAAGGAAAUUCCUUCAUCCUAGUGGGACCUCAAGGAUCUGGAAAAAGUGUACUGCUUGAUUACUGCGUGCAGGAAAUCAGGGGCAUAGAAAUUGUGACGAUUUGUUGCAGUCCUCAAAUAACUCCUGGACAUGUUUUACAAAAAUUGACCCAAGUUUGCAUGUUUGUCAACAGUAAUCAUGGCCUUGUAUUUCGGCCAAAAACUUCCGAGAGACUAGUUUUACAUCUGAAAGAUCUAAAUCUGGUUCAAAUGGAUAAAUGGGAUUCUAAUAUACUCGUUUCCUUUCUACAACAAGUACUAACAUAUCAAGGAUUUUAUGACCCAUCUCAUAUGGAAUGGGUAAACAUGGAACAGAUUAAUUUUGUAUGCUCGUUACUAUCUUGUGACAACCUGAACCCUAGAUUCAUCAAUUCCAAUAAUUUGAUUUCAAUUUGGCCUCCUGAUCAAGCAGAUUUGCAGACUAUAUGUCUUUCAUAUUUAAGACCACUGAAUGUAACAGAAAAGCUGACAUCUGUCAUGUCUCUUGUCAUUAUAGGGAUCUAUAUAAAGGCGAAAGAUCAUUUUUCCAACGAAUCACAUUCGCACUACAAGUUCAAUUUACGAGACAUUUGCAACUGGUGUGUUGCUUUGAGAAGAUAUAACACCACAAACAACCAAGAAGUUGUUCAGGCAUUGCUGUAUGAAGGUUUUAGACUCUUUCAAGAUAGGUUAGUAAACGAUCAGGACAAAUCUCAAUUUUAUGGAAUCGUUAGAAAUGUAGUAGACAUGGAGCUGGGGCAAUUGUCCGCUAUAGACGAAGUUGAUAAACUAGUAUACCUUUGCGACGAUGCUGGAUCAACAAAUCCUGUUGGAGGAACUUUGAGACCUUAUGCAAUAGACGAUUGGUUACUUCUUUUGCAAAAACAGGUCUCUCAGCUAGAAAAUGAAGGCGAGGCCAUCGAUAAAAAGAUAUUGCUGCCAGAGUUGGGCAAAAUGGUGGUAUAUUUUGAAAGAGUGUUGACAGCUCCUGGAGGCUGUCUUUUCCUACCAGGACCUUCUGGUUAUGGAAGGAAAACUGCUGUUCGGAUAAUCUCAAAAAGGCAAUCAGCACGAUUAUUUACGCUCAAAAUGUCCACUAGUUAUGGAAUAAAUAAUUUUAAAAAUGAUCUAAAAUCUAUGCUUCAAGCAGCUGGACUGGACGAUCAAGUUAUUUAUUUCGUUUUUGAAGACUAUCAUAUCAUUAGCCCCGUCAUAUUGGAUUUCAUAAACAGUCUUUUAGCAUCUGGAGAGGUUCCAGGAUUAUACCAAGCUGAAGAGUUUGAGACGUUAUGUUCAUCAUUGAAAGAUGUCAGCACACAGCAUGAUUUUCAAGGAAGUCCGAGUCAAUUUUUUGUUGAACGUGUACGAAGAAAUUUGCAUGUGAUUCUGAUCACUGAUUUCACUCACGAAGAAUUUUUCAAUCGUUGGGAAUCAAAUCCUGUACUUCUGAGACGAUGCCAAACAAUCUGGUUGUCAGAUUGGAGUACAGAGACAAAAUUAUCAGUAGUGGAUACCUUAUCCAAAGGGUACGAUAAAGAUUCGGAAUCUCUUACAUUGAAUGAUGCAGUUCGCAACAGCUUUAUAGAAAUCCAUGAAAAUGCCAAAAAAUUUAUGAACAUCACUCCAAGACAUUUCACGUUACUGGUGAAAUCUUUCUUCCACAUAAAAAUCGCAAGAGAAGAGUCAAUAUCAGAAAAUGAACGAAAACUAAAAGCAGGUCUUUCUAAACUGGUGGAAGCUAAGACGAUUGUAGCUCAGCUGAAACAAGAUGCAGCUUCACAAGAAUCGAAAUUAGCUGAAAAGCAAAGUAAAGCUAAUGCAGCACUGGAGCUGAUCACAAAAACAAUGCAAAACGCCAGCUUACAAAAAAGUGAAAUGGAAGUUCUAAAAGAGAACAUGGAAAAAGAAAACGAUGCUUUGACCAUUAGGAAAAAGGAAAUAGACGUUGAGCUUGCCGAAGUAGAACCUGUUCUAGCUGAAGCUCGAUCAGCAGUAGGUAACAUCAAAUCUGAAUCGUUAUCGGAAAUUCGUUCCUUGAGAGCGCCUCCUGAUGUCAUCAGAGAUAUCUUGGAAGGUGUUUUACGUCUGAUGGGGAUCCAAGAUACGUCAUGGAAUAGUAUGAAAACAUUUUUAGCCAAACGAGGAGUCAAAGAAGAUAUAAGAUGUUUCGACGCUCGCAGUAUAGCUUUAGAAAACCGUUUACAAGUCGAAGAGUUACUUGGUCAGCGAGAAAAAUCAUUCGAAGAGAGGACUGCAAAGAGAGCCUCAGUUGCCGCAGCGCCUCUUGCAGCUUGGGUAAUUGCCAACGUAAAAUAUUCCAGGAUUUUGGAAAAAAUUAAACCUUUGGAAAUGGAGCAAAUCAAAUUACAAAAUAAAUUGAAGGAAUCUGGCGAUCAAAUUUUGCUCCUAAGCAGUGGUCUUGAUGACGUUGAACAAACCGUUUCUAAACUGAAGGAGCAGUUGAACACCAACACCAAAGAGGCUGCGGAGAUAGAAGUUCAUUUAUCAAAAGUUCAAGGAACUAUAGCUGCUGCGGAAGGUCUUGUAGUCAAAUUGGAUGAAGAAUACUCUCGCUGGAGUGAACAAGUUGUAGAUUUAUCAAGUAAUCUAAAUUCGCUGUCCAAUGAUUGCUUACUUUCUUCGGCUUUAAUCGUAUAUUUGUCCAAUUCAUCAGAAGACAUUAGAAAGUCAACUCUGAGUGAAUGGCAAAAAAUGCUAAAUGCUGAAAAAUUCGAAUUGGAGACAUUCCUUAGUACAGAACAAGAACAACUCAGAUGGUUCUCUGAUGGUCUUCCAUCUGAUUAUAUUUCUAUUCAGAAUGCAGUAAUUAUUUCUCAGCUUUCAAAAAUGGAUAUCAGUACUUGCUUAAGACCUUUAUUAAUAGACCCCUCAAAUAUUGCAUUAAAAUGGCUACAAAACAAGCUGAAUAAAAAUAAAACAGUCGAGCUGAUACCUCAGCACAGUCAGCGACUCUACACAUCUCUGGAAUUGGCCAUAAGGUUUGGAAAAUCUCUGAUCAUUCAUGAUGUCACCUCUGUUGAUCCAAUAUUGGUGCCAAUUCUAAGAGGAAAUUACACGUUCCAAGGAACAAGAAAAUUGAUUGCAGUAGGGGAAAAAUUGGUGGAUUAUAAUUCAGAUUUUCAAUUGUAUUUAAUUUGUCGAGAUUCCAAGCCAAAUAUACCAUCAUUCAUCAAAACUUUAUUGACCUGUAUCAAUUUUGAAAUCACGUACUCUGGUCUUUCACAACAGCUGUUACGAUGUGCUUUAUCAGUAGAGAAACCAGAACUAGAAGAUAAACGAGCAGAAUUACUUCGAAAAGAAGAGCAACUGAAAUCUAAACUCUUUGUUCUACAAGAUAAUAUUUUGGUUGAGUUGGCAAAUGCUCAAGGCAACGUGCUGGAUAACAAAGAAUUAUUAGCUACCUUGAACGAAUCGAAGAAAAGCAGUUCUGAAAUUAAGCAAUCUUUACUGGAAUCUCAACGUAUUCAGGUCGAGCUUAUAGAUGAAUGUGAAGUUUAUAGACCAGUAGCUGAAAGCGCAGCCACUUUGUACUUCUGCACAAUUCCUUUGCAAUCGAUAAAUAAUUUCUAUCAAAUAUCCAUCGAUACUUUUAUACAAAUUUAUAAGAAAAUUUUCUCGCCUGUUCAAGAGCAAAUAGAUUUCGAUAUCGAAAGAAAAACACGUAAACUGAUCCAGCUCGUUUACCAAUACAUCAGCAGAUUCCUGUUUAAAGAAGAUUUGCUAACUUUUGCGUUGCAUUUAGUGCGAAAUAUGCAUCCUCAAUGUUUCAAAGAAAAUGAAUGGGAGUUAUUUAGUCGAGAAAUAUUGCCAAAUGUAAAAAGUGAUUCAGCCGAAGUACUCAAUUCCAUACCUUCUUGGGCCAAUAAAGAGCAAGCAUACGAUAUAUACCUUUUAAAACAAACUUUACCCAAAUUAUACGCUCAACUGGACACCAAAAAUGUCAAGGUGUGGGACAGAUUUUUAAAUAAUAAUUCCCACGAUGCUUUGGAUUUGCCUUUGUCUCCAUUUCAAAUGGUACUCGUCACUCAAGCAUUUAAACCCGGGUUCCUUCACUCUGCAUUGUCUUAUUUUGCUCAAAGGAUGCUUGGAUUACAGAGAUUAUCCUCUAGUGCCACACGACUAGAUCAAGUAUUACCAGAAACCAAUUCGAAAGAACCUAUUUUAUUAUUCGUUUCAUCAGGGGCAGAUCCUUCAGAAGAGAUACGAUCUUUAGCCAAACGUAUUGUGGGGUCGAAUUUUUACGAGAUUGCCUUGGGACGAGGUGAAACAGAAUCAGCCAUCAAACUACUCCUCGAAGCAGCUGAAAAUGGACAUUGGUUAAUGAUGAAAAAUUUACAUUUGAUGACCUCCUGGUUGCCAGUGCUGGAAAAAGAGUUGAAAUCGAUGAGCAAAGUUCGAGAUAGUUUUAGAUUGUGGUUAACUACGGAGCCUCAUCCGAAUUUACCCUCGGCAUGGAUUCAGAUGUGUUUGAAAAUCACAUACGAGACUCCUCAAGGAAUAAAACAUAAUGUUGAAAGGACGUACUCCGCACUGACUAAUCAACCUUUCGUAUCAAUGGAACAUGCCAGAAGUAUGUUUGUGUUAGCAUGGUUCCAUGCCAUUAUUCAAGAAAGAAGAACAUUCAUACCGCAAGGCUGGUGUAAAUUUUACGAAUUCAACGAUUCUGAUUUAUUCACUGCUUUAAAAGUAAUCAAUGACAGGUUUAAAGUAGACCAUAGAAAUUCGGUGAAAUGGGAAUUCAUUCAUGGAUUAUGCGAACAGGCUAUUUAUGGAGGUAGAAUCGAUAACAACCAAGAUUUGCUUGUUUUGAAAUCGUACUUGAGAUCUUAUUUCAACUCUGACGUGAUAAAUUCUGGAAGAAAAUUGGUGGCUCCUGAUAUGUACAUUCCUAAUUCAUCAAACAUCAGAGAUUUCACUGUUAUGAUACAAAAACUUUCGGAAGUCGAUUCGCCAGAACUUUUUUCGUUGCCUUGGAACGUUGAUUUAUCUUGGCAAAAGAAUCGUUCAACUGACGUCAUAAACUGGUUAAAAGUCUUGAAGUAUCAAAACAUCCUGAACAAAACCAAUAUGGAAGAAUGGAAAUCAAAAAUUUCUCCUAUUUUGCAUCUUUGGAAGCAGCUGAAUCAGGAGGCUGGAAUUUUGAAAAUGAAAACAACUCAGGAUGAACCUAGCCAGGAACCCAUACGAGCUUUCAUCAUAAACGAAUUUAAUUUUGCUACCCAACUGGUCAGCUAUAUUCAUAAGACACUAGUUGAUGUGAAUAAAGCAGUAAGAUCUUCGGUCACACCAAAUGAAACUACCAUUGCCUUGAUUACGACGAUUGUAAAUCAGAAGACACCGGAUGAUUGGUUAUCAUUUUGGGAAGGAAGUAAAAACGUGAUUCCCUACCUAAAAAAUGUAAUGAGUCGAGCAUCUUUCAUAAUGAAAAUUUAUAAAACAAAAGAAAAUGCAGAAAAUCUGAUGACGAAGUCGAUCAAUUUGGCUAACUUUUUCAAUCCGCAAGCAUUUCUGAAUGUUUUCAAACAAUUUUCCUCCAGAUUAUCAAAAGAGCCUUUGGAUAGUUUGAAACUGGAGUGCUCGUGGAAGAAUUACAUAGGAGAUUCAAAGGUUACAUUGACUGUAGAAGGAUUGUUGAUCGAAGGAGCACACUUCAAAGAAUCAUCGUUGACGGAAAACAGUCCCAAUUCUCCAAUGUUGAGUUCAGUUCCAGCUUUCAAAAUUGCAUGGACGUCAAAUGAUGCUUCAGAAAACUACCAUGAAGGUUCUCUGCAAAUUCCUGUCUAUCAUAAUUCGCAAAGAGAAAGCAUCGUUAUGUUCAUAAAAGUUGAUAUACCAUCGGAUGAAUAUGAUAAAUGGAUACAAACAAAUGUCGCAAUCUAUUUGCAAGAAUAAAAAUCUCAAUGUAACUUAAUACUUACAAAGAAUUCCUGUGAUUGAAAUGUGAGAGGUACAUAAUUUCAUCGCCGAAAUAAACGAAAUGUCGCGAACAACUAAAGCAUUAUUAUUCCAAUGUCAUGAUCAUGAAUAAUUAAAACUUAAACCCUCAA